AUGGGAGGCGGCGGGUGGCCGCGCGAUGCUCCGGCGCUGCUCAGCACAGCCCUGCUCCUGGGUGGCGGAGGCUCGCUGUCUGACCGGCCUCCUCCUCCGCUCUUCACCAUCGACAGCAUCCUGGCUCCGCGGCCGCCGCCGCCGCUGCCACCGCUGCAGCUCCACCACUUGGCGCACACUCCCUUCCACAGAGCACACGAAUUAUUCGGUGUGAGCAGUGCUGUGACUAACGCCAGUAACUAUGCUAACCUCUACAACGGGUACGCGGCCGCCGCACUCGCGGGGCUGUCGGGCCCUCCUCCCAAACGCAAGCGGAGACACCGCACCAUCUUCACCGAAGAACAGUUGGAACAACUGGAGAGCACCUUCGACAAGACGCACUACCCGGACGUGGUGCUCAGGGAACAACUUGCUUUGCGAGUUGACCUCAAGGAGGAAAGAGUUGAGGUAGACACUUUUCUAUAA